AUCGAAUACAUUCCCUGUCUCACACUACACAGUAGUAACUCCCUGACAAUUUUUGUCAAUUUCUCUCUCACAUACUCACACACUUCCGACACCUCCAAAAACGCACACACUGACAGUGUCCUACCUUCUUCUUUCCAGUUUCCCCUUCCCCUAUAAAGCAUCAAUUUUUAUUGAUCUUUUCACCUCUAAACUCCAUUCCCUUCCCACCUCUUUCCGGAAAAAGAAUCACAAAUUCUACACAAACACAUAGUACCCCUUCAAACACGUACCAGAAAUGGAGAGAGUUCAGCCGUUUUACAGGCCGCCGGAGACUCCGAGGGAGCCGAUGGAGUUUCUUUCCCGUUCAUGGAGCAUUUCGGCUCUUGAAGUUUCUAAAGCUCUUGCCCCUUCUCAGGUUUUAGGUAAAACUCUAAAUGGCGGAAUAAAUGGUGGUUUACCUCCUCUGAGUCAUAAUGUCGGUGUUCUUGGCGGCGGCGGUGAUGGGGUUAUACCGGAGGAUAUUUCCGGCGAGUUGGAGGAAUCUGCUACCGUUUCCGGGAACCCUUUUUCGUUUGCUUCCUCGGAGACUUCUCAGCUUGUCAUGGAACGCAUCAUGUCACAGUCUCAGGAAGUAUCACCACGCACUUCUGGAAGGCUUUCUCACAGUAGUGGACCUCUCAAUGGUGGCUCUCUUUCUGACAGCCCUCCUGUCUCUCCUUCUGAAAUGGACGAUAAGUUCUAUCGCCUGAACAACUCAGCAAAUACACAGUACAGGGGAGGUUGCCCUACUGGCAACAACGGAGUGGCCGUCGGUGGGGGCGGGAAGACAGUGGGAAGGUGGUUGAAGGAUAGGAAGGAAAAGAAGAAAGAGGAGACAAGGGCUCAUAAUGCACAGCUGCAUGCUGCUGUUUCGGUUGCUGGUGUGGCAUCUGCUAUUGCAGCAAUUGCCGCUGCCACAGCUGCUUCAUCAGCGCAAGGAAAGGAUGAAAAUAUGGCUAAAACAGAUAUGGCUGUGGCCUCGGCUGCUACGCUUGUGGCUGCACAGUGUGUGGAGGCAGCAGAGGCUAUGGGCGCUGAGCGUGAUCACCUAGCGUCAGUUGUUAGUUCUGCUGUGAAUGUGCGUUCUGCUGGUGAUAUCAUGACCUUAACAGCUGCUGCAGCGACUGCUUUGCGUGGAGCUGCGACACUAAAGGCUAGAACACUGAAGGAAGUCUGGAAUAUUGCAUCGGUGAUCCCAAUAGAGAAAGGAAUGGGAGUGGGGAAUGGCGGUAAUGGUGGGAGUAAUGGUAGUUCAAAUGGUAGCUUCAGUGGAGAGUUGGUCCCUGAAGAGAACUUUCUUGGGAUAUGCAGCAGGGAGUUGCUUGCCAGAGGUUGUGAGCUCCUAAAGCGCACUCGCAAAGGUAAAGACAUGAUAUCAGUCUGUUCUUCAAAGUGUAUCAUACUUCUGAACUAGUCCAAAAUGAAUGCAUCCACAGGAAAGAUUGAAUUUUGUUUGUGCAUUAUGUAGGUUACUUUCCCUAAUGUUUGUACUUGUUGUUUAAUAAUCUCUUUCAUAUUCUAAAUGCAGGAGACCUCCAUUGGAAGAUUGUUUCUGUCUACAUCAAUAGAAUGGGUCAGGUACGUCACUACUUUGUAUGAUUGGAUGAUUGAUGUGGAUCAAGUUCAGCAUUUAUCAAAGUUUUCGAAUAUUGUGAUGAUUCCUUUGUGUUUCAAGUGCCAAAUAAUGGCUCCUGGUCAAGUAUUCCUUUAAAAAAGUUGGAUCAUAUCUAGGAAAGAACAAAGCCAAUGCCCAAGAAUCUGAUCUGUUCGUUUCAUUUGGAUCUGCAACUCACAAUACUUCCCCAUUGCAGGUGAUUCUAAAGAUGAAGAGCAGACAUGUUGCUGGGACCAUAACGAAAAAGAAAAAGAGUAAGUUGAGUCUUGAGAAUGAUUUUGUCUCUCUCUAAUGAUAACAACGGAAUUGGAGGUGGUGGGGGUGCUUCCUUUCUUCUAUUUGGGGAUUUGAGAAAGUAGACUGCAUAUUUUGAGUGGUGAAAGUUUGAAAAAAGUUGUCAUCCAUCUUUAACUUUUGAUCUCUUUUGAAUUCUGUAGAUGUUGUGCUGGAGGUAAUUAAAGAUGUUCCGGCUUGGCCAGGGCGCCACUUGCUCGAAGGCGGUGAGCACAGGAGAUACUUUGCUUUAAAGACGAUAUUGCGAGGAGUCGUCGAAUUCGAGUGCCGGAAUCAGAGGGAAUAUGAUAUCUGGACUCAGGGUGUCUCAAGGUUACUAGCCAUUGCAGCAGAGAAGAACAACAGACAUGUAUUGUAGAGUGGUUUUCUCCUCAGUAUUUAUGCAAAAAAAGAAAGCAUCUUAGCUAAUGAGAGUAGGCUUAGCAAUAUAGUAGUAGUAGUAUUCGUAGAUUAAUCUUUGGAGUUAAUGGUGGGGUUUGUUUGUUUGUUUGUUUAAUCUUUUAUUGUAAAAAAAAAUAAAAAAAAAAUCUAAAGUUAAAAGUGAAAACUGAGAAGGGGUCCUAUCUCUGUCUUUGUAUUUUGAGAAUGGAUCUUUGUGCUUUUUGUUUUUUUGUUUUUUUUUUUCCUGAUUUCAUGGAAUUGUUUAAAGUAAAGUGAAAUUGAUAAGAAAGAAAGAAGGAAAGCCAUGUGAUGCAAGACAAGCCUUUGUUUUGUUUCAAUGUUGUGGAAAAGGAUAUAUUGGACUGGGAGAGAGCUAGUCAAAAAGACAAGGUGAUACAUACCUG